AUUAUUCAACCCCAAAUCACCUGGCUUUAGAUCUACUAUACAAAAUGGAAGAAAGUAAAAGAAACCUACUAAAUGAAGAAGCCAAAGCUUCUCUAGACAUAUGGAGAUAUGCCUUGGGAAUUGCAGAUAUAGCAGCUGCAAAGUGUGCCAUCGAUCUUAAGAUACCAGAAGCCAUUGAAACCCAUCCUUCCUCACAGCCCGUGACACUAGCGGAGCUCUCCUCCACAAUAUCUGCAUCUCCGUCACAUCUCCGCCGUAUAAUGAGGUUUCUUGUGCACCUAGGAGUCUUUAAAGAAGUCCCCACAGAAGAUGGUCUAACCACAGGCUACACUAACACGCCGCUCUCUCGCCGUAUGAUGAUCACAAAACGUGACGGCAAGUCUAUGGCUCCUUUGAUUCUAUUCGAAACAAAUCACGAGAUGCUAGCUCCGUGGUUAAGCCUGAGCUCAGUUGUCUCUUCUCCGGUCAAUGGUUCACAUCCACCACCGUUUGAUGCGGUGCACGGUAAGGAUGUGUGGGCUCUAACAAAGGAUAAUCCGUGCUUCGGAGAGAUGAUCAAUGAGGCCAUGGCUUGUAACGCAAGGCGCGUGGUGCCACGUUUAGCCGGCGCUUGUCACGACUUGUUUGACGGCGUGGCUACGGUGGUGGACGUAGGAGGCGGUACCGGAGAGGCGAUGGGAAUCUUGGUUAAAGAGUUUCCUUGGAUCAAAGGAUUUAACUUUGAUCUUCCUCAUGUUAUCGAAGUUGCUCAAGUCUUGGAUGGUGUUGAAAAUGUUGGAGGCGAUAUGUUUGAUUCUAUUCCAAAAUGUGACGCCGUCUUCAUCAAGUGGGUGUUACACGAUUGGGGAGACGAAGAUUGCAUUAAAAUAUUGAAGAAUUGCAAAGAAUCAAAUAUUGGAAAAGUGUUUAUAGUGGAAUCUAUAAUCAGAGACAAGAAAAAGACGAUGAUGGUGGAAGAAAGAGAUAAAAAGUUAGAGUAUGUCAGAUUGAUGCUUGAUAUAGCGAUGAUGGCUCACACAACCACAGGCAAAGAACGAACUCUGAAAGAGUGGGACUUUGUUCUUAACGAAGCUGGUUUUGCUAGAUAUGAAGUUAGGGACAUUGAUGAUGUUCACUGUGUUAUCAUCGCGUAUCCUUAGAUGAAGGAUAUGAAAGGGGGUAAACCUAAGCUGAGGAAGAGCUAAACCUAAAUAUAUUUAAUUAUGAUUAUCGUUAUGUGAGAGUAAGUAUGAGGAGUUAUAGUUAAGUUUGAGUGAUUGUGUUGUCAGAAUAAUCAAGGCUUGUUUGAAAACCAGCCAUGUUGAGUUUAUUGUGUCUUCUCUUUGUAUUUUCACAUGCUUUUAGUAAUCUUGUUGCUUCAUUCGGACUUGCACAGUUGCACUUGUAAUUUGCUUUUAAUUGUUUUUUUUUCUCAAGCCUUA